AUGGACGGGAGUGUUGACAUGGACGCGGCGCUGGCGGCGGUGGAAAUGCAGCAGGUGUCUGCUGGGGUAACGAACGUGCUAGUGAUAGCAGGACAUAGCAAGUCGAACUUCUUCCUCUCAACUUCAGUCUACGGCACCGCAGUGUACAGAUCUGCGGUAAUGGACUUGAAACACAGGACAGUGUCUUUCGAGCCUAUGUUGGAGAUCGAUGAUUUCGACCUUGACAUGAAGGUGUUUGAAGACAUCGUCAGUACGCAUGAGGAAAUGCAGAGAAAUGAAAUGAAUUUGAGCAUCACACAGAAGAAAGUUUUCUCAGCGUGCCAAGGUGAAGCAGAGACUGGCCAUGUCUUCUAUGAUAAAAAUCUUACCUUGAACGGAUACGAUUUCUCCUGGGGAAAGCUGUUGCUGGAUCUGGCCAAAGGUGGGCGCCCAUGGUGGGACAUGAAGGAGGAUGGAAAAUUAGCCUUUGCAAUGGUCUGCCACAGGCGCCUGGGAGAGAGCUCAAUCUGGAAUUCGUUAGAGGAAGACCUCUUGAAGAUGAUAAUCGAGAUGAUCAAAGUUAUAGGAUCGUUCGACAAAACCUCAUUCUGCUACCAAUACUAG